AUGUCAUGCAGGAGGUCCACUGACUCCAGCAGCGUCACGCUGCCGGCGUCCAUGCAGACACUGCUGCAACGCUACACAGACCGUAAGCUGACGAAGGAGGAGCGCCUCGUCCUCGCGCACGCCACACCGAAUGUGCGAUGCGAAGCGUUGCGCCUUUUCUUUGAAAUGAACGACGCCGCAGCCGGCGUGGAGUAUGUCUUGGCCAGCAGUGGAGCUUCACCCCGCUCUCACGGCGGCAUCAGCGCCAGGGCCUCGCGCUCCGGCGGCACCACCACCACCGCCUCUGCUGCGGCGCCGGUUUUGGCUGCUUCCAAGGCUCUCAAGUCGCUGUCGACCAACACGCUGACUGCGGCAAACGCAGGAGCGAAGCCUAGCGCUGCCGCUGCUUCCGGUGCGAAUAGGCCUCUUGCUGCGUCGGCACCGACCGGCAAUGUCGCUUUCAGAGACGAGGUGCGCAAGCCUACCGGCACCGGACGCGCCGUCGUGCCCGCCAGCGGCAGCACCGCGCUAUCGCCGGUGGCAAAGGCCGGGAGCUGCUUGCAUCGCACGCGUGUGGCGCGGAGCGGCGAGUCAGUGUGCACCCUCGUCACCGUCUCCUCCAUGUCGAGCGAGGACAGCGAUGACGCCGCUGAGCUCCGACUGGCCAAGACCCCGGCGAAGGAGGGGGCGGAGGCGGUCAUGCCGCCCACCGUGACGCCGCGCUCUCGUGAUUCCCGUGCCAACGCCGGCGCGGCUGCCGUUGUACCCGCUGUGCCGCUCUUAGCGCUGGAUGCUGUUCUGAAGCCGCACGGCAGUAACAGCAACAGCUCCGCAAGCUUUCCCAGUGCUGGUGUCGUGCACAGCGAGCGUCGGUCCUCGGUGAGCCCUACGAUGACCAACACCACCACUGUCACCGUCACGGCGCAGCCUCGAGCUGUUUCUCCCUCCGUCGUACCGCCUCCAGGUUGCCAGCAUCUGUCACCGGCGGCACCGAAGCCGAGCACCACGGUGACCGCUGCUGCUCCAGUUUCUACGCCGGUCGCACCUCCGUCGCUGCCUUCCACCGUCCAUGAGGACGCUGGCGACGACGAGGGGCCGCGAAAGACGGUGGCUGCCAAGCCCAUGGGGUACUACGCGAAUCCCACAGCUAUGCACACUGCACCGGUCCCGCAUCCGCGGCAGCAGUGCUACGUCGGUUUCGUGGACUCCAAGCCGACGGCCGUGCGGGGCACGCACCGGCGCGAUCGCACCUCGACCCUCGGCCACCCUCAAGGGGGCGUUGAUGUCGCCUACAGGGAGCUGCCGCGCAAUCACAGCAACCCCUCUCCCUCUUGCACGCCGCCGUCGCUGGCUGGCAGUGGCGCUGUGAGUGUGUGCGGCACGGACUGGGCUGCACUAGUCGCAGCGGCACCUGCGCCGCAACUGCCGACGGUUCCGGCGGCGAUGGCGACGAAACCUGCGGCGGCAGUGCCAGCGUCUCCCUGGAAGGACCAUCUCCCGGCACCGAAGGAAGCAACCGACGUCACCCCUGCCUCCGGCCUUUGCUCUCCUCGCCUGCCCGCCGAGGCGUCACACGACCAGCCUAACAGAACGCACGGUAGUAGGUUCGGCGAUACGGCAACCGCGGCCAGCAACAGUGGCGGAGCGGGCAAGGCUCAGCAGCCGCCGCGCACGCCGCGCGUGCCCUUGACAGACCGAAAGCGUGAAGCGGAGGGUAGCGACGGCCACUCGCCCUGCAACGUCCAGAACCCAGACAGUGGUACACCCCAGCUGUCACCGCCGCCUCCCCCGUCGAAGCUCGGCGGCGCCUCCCCGAUCAAGCGCGGUGCUGCUUGGGAUGAGACGACGGGCAUGUACAUAACGCAUCCGAAUCAGCUCCGGCGGCAGAGGGCUGCUCGCAGUGUCGCCACGGCCGCCUUGACAGCGCGACCGUUUGCAGCGGUGUGUGGUGUUAGCGACUCUGCGCUGGAGCCCCCAGACACGCUUCACUACCACUUUGCUCGCACCGCGUCGUUGACACCAGCUUCAGCGUUGCCCACCUCCAUGCCCACCACCACCGCCGCGGCACACGCGGCAGGAUCGGUUCCCCUGCGCCGCUUGUGCUCUCCAGCUGUGCAUCUUGCGGGGGGUGCAGAUGCGACGUCAGUGCGAUCGCGGGCUGCGGCGCUGCCGUCGUCGAAGGACAACAAGCAGAAGAAACGGAAACAGGAAACGAAGUGGGCCAAGGCGCUGACUGGAGCGUCGACCUGGAAGAGGGCGAUCGAGACCAGGAAAACGGCGACGGCGCUAGCUGCCUCUCUAGUGGUGGCGCCGGUCGUGGCAAGCCCGCGUUUGGCAGGGUACCAGCGACUUUGCCGCGAGGACGUGCCCAUCAAGUACGACUUCCACGGGCACAGCGGGGAGACGAUUAUGUUGCAGCGCCAAGCCUCGCAGUAUCCUACUCAGAUGCUUGCGGCUGUGACCAGCGGCCCACCAAGCAAGCCCCAUCGUACCGCCUCCGCUAGCCAAACGGUGCGGUCUGCCGCGCCAGUGGCGCGGACUGAGCGAUACUACAGUAUGAUGAAAGGUGGUGGGGUUGAGGUGGUCGAGGUGGAGACAGCUCAGCCGAGUGCGCAGGCGCCUUGCCCCUCGACCAUCCGCACACCACGCAGCGCGCGCUUCCGCGUCCAGCAGCGUCCACGUCGGCUUGUGGGAGAGCCCGCUGCCGCUAUGGUCUCCGCGCGUGGUAGCGCCGCUGAGCGUACUUGUCAGGUGCCUGGAGCUGCGGCGCCGGUCUGUGCUGGUCUGAUGCCGCCGGCGCACUGCGACGUCUUUGAGCGACUGACUUCCAACUACUACGACGUCUACUCGAGCGAGGUGGUCCUUCAGGCGACCUCGCCGCCGACGGUGACGGCUUUCCCACGGGGCUGUCGCUCUUCCCAGGAGCAUCGCCGGUCGGCACGCCGCCGUCAGUUCAGCGCACCGGCGGCUAGCCCGCGCGGACGCCUUGUGCGUUGCCCCGCAACCGCGCGGGUGGCGCGCGACGGCUGUCUCCGUGCGGAGGAGAUGGCGGAGUGUGAGCGGGAGCGCACCACCGCACCUGCGGCACGUGCGUUUGCGCGCAGCAACACAUCUUGCAACCCCGUUUGCUGA